CCAAUGGAGGGCUGGUGUCCGUGGUGGCGGGUCCCACCAGGCCACCCGUGCCCUGCCGGCCUUCCUGUGGCCUCCUGGCUCCUCAGCUGGCUCCUGUUGCCCUGGACUCUGCAGCUGGCAGGAGGACAGUCAGUGACCUACACUGGCCCUCCCAUUGUGGUCUCCCUGGCCAAUAGGGCUGUGUCCUUCAACUGUAUCAUCACCUACCCAUACACCCCAGAAUUCAAAGACUUCGUGGUCAACUACUUUCACGAAGAUCUCCAGGGCCAGCGGAGCUCUGAAAAGCAGACUGGCUGCACGCCUAGCUCAGGCACAGUGAACCAGACCUCCACCUUGAAGUGCGAGGUCACCCCUGCGCUGGAGGACUCAUCAGCCACUGGCACCUACUACUGCUCUGUCCACUGGCCACACUCCACAGUGAGCGGUGAUGGCACCUUCAUCCUGGUCAGAGACACAGGGUAUCGAGAGCCCCCAUCUAGUCCCCGGAAGGCCCUGCUCUUUGCCUUUACUGGCCUCCUGACCACCCUGAGUGUCCUGGUCACUGCUCUGCUGCUCUGGAAGAAGAUGCGGCUUCCUGGGUGGCACCCCACCAAGAAGUGCUCAGAUCCAGGAUCUGCUGGAAGCCCCAAGCAGCCUCCAACAGAGUCCGUCUACACGGCCCUGCAACGCCGAGAGACCGAGGUCUACGCCUGCCUGGAGAGUGAGGAUGGCAGCCUGCCCACCACCCAGGGCCUUCUCACCCAGGAGAAUCUGCAGAGAUCUGAGGACAACAGUGAACUCAACCUAGUCUAUGAAAACCUCUAGAUGAGCCCCACUGCCCAUGGAUCAGAGGCCCAGGGCAGCCCCUCCCUCCAAAGACUUGCCCUGACCCAGGAGUAGGCUCCCAGUAGCACCCCAUCACCUCACCCUCACAUCUAAGGCCCUUCCGGCCCCACUCAGGGCCCUUGGCCAGCCACACCUCCC